AAAUACUUGGCAUCUAGGAAGAAGAUGAAGAAGACAAUUCAAAAGGCCUUAGGCAGUUUGAAAGGAAAGAAAAAUGAGUUAAUGAUUGUCUCCUCAAGCAAAGAUAAUGAGGUUUUGUCUAUCCUUGGCAUGUUAAAAGAAGCAGAAGCAGUCACUGUAAGGUCAUUAGAAUCUUUGUUGCUGUUUGUCUCUGAUACCAGGGGACAAUCAAAGCAGAGAAGAUGGUCAAUAAUCUCUAAGUUGAUGCAGCCUGAUACAAUGACUUGUGACUCUCAAGAAUCAGACUCAAAUGAAUUUGUAACGGUGGAUACAGCUUUACAAUCACUCAUCACUCACAAGCCUUUAUCUGUUGAGAAUCUUCACAGCCAUGUGGAAAAUUUGGAGAUAUGCAUUGAGGAUCUAGAAGUAGAUGUUGAACACCUUUCAAGGCAACUCAUUAGAACAAGAGUUUCCCUUCUUAACAUCUUCAGCCACUAGUUAGAGAAAAAAUCUCAAUGUUGAAUGUGGACACCCAAAUUCAA